AUGGAACAAAGGAGCAAUGUAACUGAGUUUGUCCUCUUGGGGCUCACUCAGAGCCUCCAGGGUCAGAAAAUACUAUUUGUCACCUUCUUACUCAUCUACAUUGUGACCAUGGUGGGCAAUCUCCUCAUUGUCCUGACUGUGGUAUCCAGCCCAACCCUGGAUGUCCCUAUGUACUUCUUUCUUGGCAACUUAUCAUUUAUGGAUGCUGUUUAUUCUACUACAGUCACCCCAAAUAUGAUUAUAAACUUACUCUAUGAGAAAAGAACCAUUUCCUUCCAAGCUUGCAUGACCCAGAUUUUUAUAGGGCACUUAUUUGGUGGUGCUGAGAUUUUGCUCCUGGUUGUCAUGGCCUAUGACCGCUACGUGGCCAUCUGCAAACCCUUGCAUUAUUUGACAAUCAUGAAUCAGCCAGUGUGUGUUCUACUGCUGCUUUUGGCCUGGGCUGGUGGGUUUUUACAUGCUGUCCUUCAUCCUCUCUUUGUUUACAACCUCCCCUUCUGUGGUCCCAAUGUCAUGGACCACUUUGUAUGUGACAUGUACCCCUUGUUAAAACUUGCCUGCACUGACACCCAAUUUAUUGCUCUCACAGUCCUGGCCAAUGACGGGGCCAUCUGUGUGGUCAUCUUCACACUCUUACUCAUCUCCUAUGGGGUCAUCCUGAAGAAUCGUAAUCAAAAAGGGAGGCGCAAAGCCUUGUCCACCUGUGGCUCCCACAUCACUGUGGUGGUCCUCUUCUUUGUGCCCUGUGUUUUUAUGUAUGUGAGACCACUUUCUACUUUUCCCAUUGAUAAAUACUUGGCUGUGUUUUACACCAUUAUCACCCCUAUGCUGAACCCUCUAAUCUAUACUCUGAGAAGUAGUGAGAUGAAAAACGCCAUGAAAAAGCUCUUAGGAAAAAAGAUGGUUGUCUAUGAACUAGGGAGGGGGACUCAUCAAAUAUGGACUCUGUUUUGGUCCCUUAGUUUUCUAGCCACUAAACUUGUGAAAAAUAAUUGUUUAUUAUUUACUUUAUCUAAAUUGGUGAUAUUCUUUAACAGUAGCCCCCCAAAACCAGAGAAAUUUAGUUAA